AUGGCAAGACGUCAGUUUCAUGAAAGGCCAGACUUCAUUAACACUUUAACCAAUGCUGAACUUGUUGACAGAUACAGACUAGAUAGAGAUGGGAUUUUGUAUUUGCAUGAAAGUUUGAAAGAUAUCUUAGAUCCAGCAACAAACAGGAACAAUAGUGUAUCCUCAUUACAUCAGAUUCUGAUAACACUUAGAUACUAUGCAACUGGAGGUAUCCAACUAAAUGAUGCGGAUAUCCAUGGAAUCUCUCAGCCAACAGUGUCAAGAUGUAUUAGUAAAGUUACUGAUGCCCUGUGUUCACCUGCAUUCAUAAGGAGACACAUAUCUUUUCCAGUUGACCAAGAAGAAGUUAGGAAAGUAAAUGCUGGUUUUUUUGGAGUUGCAGGUUUUCCACAUGUAAUUGAUGUUAUAGAUGGCACUCACAUUCAGAUUAAGGCACCAGUUGUAGAGGAAGCUUCUUAUGUUAAUCGUAUGGGUUACCAUUCGAUAAACACACAGGUUGUUUUUGAUGACACUGAUAGGAUAACAGAUGUGGUGGCAAGAUGGCCUGGUUCUACUCACGACAGUAGAAUCCUACGUGAGAGUGCCUUAAGCACAAUACUUGAGGGUGGCCAUGUUCCAGGGCCGCAUAAUUACUUGUUAGGAGACAGUGGGUAUCCGUGCAAGAAGUGGCUGCUUACCCCCUAUUUGAAUCCACCAGCAGGAUCCCAAACAGAAUAUAACAAGGCCCACAAGAGAACAAGAGCCAAAGUUGAGAGGGCCAUUGGCCAGUUCAAAAGAAGAUGGGGCAUCUUGCAUGGUGAGGUUCGUCUAACUCCUGAGAAGGCGUGCAGGGUCAUAAUGGCAUGUGCAGUUUUACAUAACAUAUGCAGGGACAGAAACAUUCCAUUUGAAAAUGGGGUUCCAAAUCUGAACAAUGCUCCUAACAAUGUUUACCAGGGUGCUCAAAAUGGUCUCCAGUACCGCAACAUUAUAGCAGCUACAUACUUCUAAGUGAA